UUUCUCUCUCUCCCUUGCUCCCACAGAAACCAACUGCACCUACUUUAAAUUCUUCACCACGGGGGAGAACGCACACAUCUUCCAGAGAACCACAAAGAAAGAGAUGAACCUGGCGGCCGCGGUGAUAGCGGUUCUCGGCUUGACGGUCAUGGCCCUGGGCUGCCUCUGCAUCAUCAUGGUGCUCAGCAAAGGCGCAGAGUUCCUGGUCCGCGUGGGAGCCAUCUGCUUCGGCCUCUCAGGCCUGCUGCUCCUGGUCAGCCUGGAGGUGUUCCGGCAUUCCGUGCGAGCCCUGAUUCAGAGGGUCAGCCCCGAGCCGCCCCCGGCCCCGGCCCUGACCUACGAGUACUCCUGGUCUCUGGGCUGCGCCGUGGCGGCCAGCCUGGUCCUGCUGCUGGGGGGCAGCUUCUUCCUCCUGCUCACCCUGCCGCCCUGGCCCUGGGGCUCACUCUGUCCCAAGCAGGGGCCCAGGGCCCCCUAGAGGUACCCCUGCGCUUUCCCGAAGCUCCUGGCAUCCCCUCCUUGGUCCUCUGUCCCCUCAGAAUCUUAUUGUUGUUGUUGUUGUUAAUCCUCACCCGAGGGACACUUCUCCACGGACCCCUAGAGAGAGUGGAAGGGAGAGGG